AGAUGGUCAAUGCUCCUCAGGGGGAAAAGUGUACCAACCUGGUCAAGCGCGAUGUGUACGGGCGAGUGCGACAUGCUUGGGCGAGGGAGGCUAAAGUUGUCAACUGUGAUCCACUGCACUGCAAGGGAGUCUGGAAACCUCCACCGGAGAGACAAGUCAACCGGUCGUCCGGGCAAGUCUUGGCUGGCGCCGUCCAACGAGCACGUCGAAAGCAUGAGGAGCUGCCGAGAGAGAAGGCACCUGAGCUCGUGGGAAAUGCUCACAGGGUUGGCAACGCCCACCAAGCGUUCAUCCGCGAGAUGCGCGAGCUCGAACAGAAGAAGCUGGGGGAGCCAAGACCAGCGACGGUCCCGGCCAUGAACGUCCCUCAAGCCUUUCAUGUCCAGCGUUUCUUCGAUCGAGCGGCGCAUCACGGAGAAGCAGCGGUGGGAAUGAGGACGCGACGGGCUGAGGCGGACAAGAAGGACCCUCGUCAACCCUUCGACCGCACCCAACGAUUAGGACACACGCAGCAUCGCACAGAGAUUGACAUUGAUGCGAGGAUGGACGACGUGUGGGGAGCCUUUCACAUGGGGCGGGGACUCAAGCAGGGGCAGCUGGCUGGCAGCAACUACAUCGAGAAAUAUCAUGGCGACACGGAGGUGAAAGUUUACGUGGGAAACUUGUCCAAAGAUGCCGACAUGAACGAACUGAAGGAGAUGUUGGGGCUCAACAAACAAGAGAUCAUCUUGUCUGACCCUCAAGCGGCGGCGGCAUCCAAGCUUUU